UCCAGCUUGUUGGCUAGUCUGUGCAGUCUCCUUGCUGCCGCUGAUUAAACGGUUUUGUGCAGAGCUUUCUCCUCCAUCACUUCCUUCUAUUGAGCAAUGUGUUAUCAGGCAGGGAGGUGUGAGGAGCCGGGCUCUUCACCCCUUCACGCCGCUCAGGAGCCAUGGCGGAGCGGACACUGAGAGGAACCAGAGACCAGAGGACUGCACAGCGACCCAGACGAGGACGGUACCUGCAGCUCGAGCUCAACUCUUACUGACGGAUUACCAUGUUGACGGCUUCUAAAGUUUCACACACAUCUCCAGUUGUUGUCACGGAUGUUUAACUUUUCAUUAAGUGAGUGUGUGGUGGUGUCGGGGGGAGAGCACUGACGCAGACUUAGUUUUCUUUGCUCCGUCCUGUGGAGCGUCAGCCUCAGGCGUAAAUCUGGCGCACUGUCCCGCAGCGGCUCACAGAGCGCCUCUUUAAUAUUGAAAGCCGAGUCAGUGGAGGUGAACAUGGGGGCAAAGCAGAGCAGCCCGACUGCUAACCCAGCUGCUAACGGACGCACCAGAGCCUACUCCGGCUCGGACCUGCCCUCCAGCACGGCCAGCAGCAACGGCAGUAACGUGAGCAGGACUACCGCGGGGGGUGUGAGGUACCAUGCGUACGGUGCGUCCGGAGCCUCCGGAGCCAGCACCAGCCAGCACCUCGGUGCCAGAGCCAGGUCUGUGGGGGGCUCCGGAGGCUCCGGGACCAGACCUCAAUCCGGAAUCAACAUUCCGAACAGCAGUGGAGCCUACAGCUCCCCGGAGUCCGGCGGCAGCAGCCCGGAGGAGGCGGCGGACAGGGAGCGGUCCGGCGGAGGGCACGAAGGUCCCCGGCUGAUGAUCGGAUCCUUACCAGCACACCUCUCGCCUCAUCUGUUCGGAGGCUUCAAGUGCCCUGUGUGCUCCAAGUUUGUGUCCUCAGAGGAGAUGGAUCUUCACCUGGUGUUGUGUUUAACCAAACCCAGAGUGACGUACAACGAGGACGUCCUGACCAAGGAUGCUGGAGAAUGUGCAAUCUGCCUGGAGGAUCUGGCGCAGGGGGACACCAUCGCCCGCCUGCCCUGCCUCUGCAUCUAUCAUAAAGGAUGUAUCGAUGAGUGGUUUGAAGUGAACAGAUCCUGCCCAGAGCAUCCUUCAGAUUAAAGCUUUUUGCACAGGUUCUCUGGAACGAGGGUGAUCUACAACCUGACGUGUGGAUCCAAGAGACUGCUGGACACUGUGACCACUGUGAUCAGUUUAACCCAAUAAUGUAGAACCACAGUGUGCCAAAUCUCAUUUAAGCAAUCUUCAGGGAAACAGACUUUUGUGUUUUUAUUUGAGUUGCACAUCGAUGAUCAGCCUCGGACUGAACGGGCUGAUCUCCACCUCACAGAGCCACACAGGACGUGGUGAUGGGCGGGGCCUCUGGACAGCAGAUAUCAGCUGAUUGUACACCGGGACACUGGAGGAGGUGGGCAUGGUCCCGGAGCUGGGGGCAGACGGAGGGGUAGAGGAGGCGACGGAUAGAUGACCCCUCCCCUUUUCUUACUCUGCCCCCGCCUCCUCCUUCAGCAUCAGUGUCUACCAGUGCCUUGUUGUUUUUGUGUAGUCGUUGUUAUCAUUGUUGUUGUUGUUGUUGUUGUUGUGAUGCCCGUCCACAUCAGGGUGGGACACACAAAGUCCAGACUGUCAGCAGAGCCACUAAGCCGACCUGCAGGACCAUCAAACCACUACUGCCAUCCUACCAGAGCAGGAGAAACAAGCCAGAGACACACGCAGCUCGGACGUUUGCAUGACUGAAGCUGCAAAAACGGUGCCAAUCAACUGUGAAAACUGUCACACACAUACACACACAGACACACAUAUCAUCUCGAGUGCUUUUUAACAUGAAGUAGAGGUCCUCAGAUUCAAAAACCUGUUCCCGGUCCGACAGAGGAUCCCAGCAGAGCGUGGCGGUCUGCUCCACAAACACACCUUCGCUCUGAGUUUUCUCUAACAGGAACUUUUUUUUUUUAAUGUAACAGGAUGUUUUUCUUUUAAAUCUUAUAUCAUAACAUUUCUCUGAUAACAGUGACAUGUUGUAACAGUCGUUCAGUAAUGGGUGUUAAGCAAUAACAAAAAGUAAAUCACAACAUGAAGUAUAUUUUGUAACGUUUGGGAGUAACAUCAGAUGAAAUGAGACGUUGUUUUUGUCGUUUCCUUUAACUCUUUCAGAAGCUUCCGUUGUUUUCUACUGUCUGUCAGAGGCAGAUCUGUAAUCUGGAUACUAGGCUGUGUUUUAAUUAGAGCAUUGAUCAUACUGCAGUCGCUUAAAGAGAUGAUGGAACUGGUUCCAGCUCUGAGAAGAGAGAAAAUAGUCUUUGAAAUUCACAUUUGCUGUUUCUUUUUCUUUUGUAUCGCAGAAGAGUAAAAAGAUUUCAGCUCA